GCUCAAAGGUGAGGCCAGAGUCAAAGAUCACACAAAGAGCGAAAGAGGACGAUCUGUAUUAUGAGGAUAUACAUGGUGCGUUGUAUUAUUAUAUAUAUUGCUGUGUAUUAUUAUACCUGUGGCAGUGUAUUAUUAUUGUACACGUUGCAGUGUAUUAUACAUUUUCCUAAUUAUUAUAUAAGUUGCAGUAUAUGGUUAUACCUGUUGAUUUGUAUUAUAAUAAUAAGUUGCAGUUUAUUAUUACUAUACAUGUUGCAGUGUAUUAUUAUAAUAUAUGUUACAGUGUAUUAUUAUUAUUACAUAUUGCAGUGUAUUAUACAUGUUGCAGUGUAUUAUACAUGUUGCAGUGUAUUAUCAUUACAUUGCAGUGUAUCAUUACAUAUUGCAGUGUAUUAUACAUGUUGCAGUGUAUUAUUAUACAUGUUACAGUGUAUUAUGUUACAGUGUAUUAUUAUUAUACAUGUUACAGUGUUAUUAUUAUUAUACAUGUUGCAGUGUAUUAUUAUUAAACAUGUUGCAGUGUAUUAUUAUUAGUAGUAUUACAUGUUGCAGUGUAUUAUUUUUUUACAUGUUGCAGUGUAUUUUUUUUACAUGUUGCAGUGUAUUAUACAUGUUGCAGUGUAUUAUUAAUGUUAGUGUAUUAUUAUUAUACAUGUUGCAGUGUAUUAUUGUUGUUUUUAUUAAUAUACAUGUUGCAGUGUAUUAUUAUUACAUGUUGCAUUGUAUUAUUAUUAUUAUUAUUACAUGUUGCAGUGUAUUGUUAUUAUUAUUAUUAUUAUUAUACAUGUUGCAGUGUAUUAUUAUACAUGUUGCAGUGUAUUAUUAUUAUUACAUGUUGCAGUGUAUUAUCAUUAUUACAUGUUGCAGUGUAUUAUUGUUAUUACAUGUUGCAGUGUAUUAUUACAUGUUGCAGUGUAUUAUUAUUAUUAUUAUUACAUGUUGCAGUGUUAUUACAUGUUGCAGUGUAUUAUUAUUCAUGUUAGUGUAUUAUUAUUAUUACAUGUUGCAGUGUAUUAUUGUUGUUUUUAUUAUUAUACAUGUUGCAGUGUAUUAUUACAUGUUGCAGUGUAUUAUUAUUAUUACAUGUCGCAGUGUAUUAUUAUUAUACAUGUUGCAGUGUAUUAUUACAUGUUGCAGUGUAUUAUUAUUAUUACAUGUUGCAGUGUAUUAUUAUUAUUAUUACAUGUUGCAGUGUAUUAUUAGUUACAGUGUAUUAUUAUUAUUAUUACAUGUUGCAGUGUAUUAUAUGUUGCAGUGUAUUAUUAUUAUUAUUAUAUGUUGCAGUGUAUUAUUAGUUACAGUGUAUUAUUAUUAUUAUUACAUGUUGCAGUGUAUUAUAUGUGGCAGUGUAUUAUUAUUAUUAUUAUUAUAUGUUGCAGUGUAUUAUUAUUAUUAUAUGUUGCAGUGUAUUAUUAUUACAUGUUGCAGUGUAUUAUUAUUAUUAUUACAUGUUGCAGUGUAUUAUUAUUAUAUUAUAUAUUCUACAUAGAGGAUGCCUGAUGUCUAUGUAAUAAAGCACUCACGCUGGCCCCGCCCCCUUGGUUCUGUAAACACGCCUCAGUCACGUGAUCUGAGCUCUGCCCUUCCCGUCUGUACUCACUAUGACGUACUACUGCCUGGUCACGUGAUGCUCGGUCGCUUAGUGAAGGUAGGUAGUCAGUGAAGGUAGGUAGUUAGUGAAGGUAGGUAGUUAGUGAAGGUAGGUAGUUAGUGAAGGUAGGUAGUUAGUGAAGGUAGGUAGUCAGUGAAGGUAGGUAGUCAGUGAAGGUAGGUAGUUAGUGAAGGUAGGUAGUCAGUGAAGGUAGGUAGUCAGUGAAGGUAGGUAGUCAGUGAAGGCAGGUGCUUAGUGAAGGUAGGUAGUCAGUGAAGGUAGGUAGUCAGUGAAGGUAGGUGCUUAGUGAAGGUAGGUAGUCAGUGAAGGUAGGUGCUUAGUGUAGGUAGGUAGUCAGUGAAGGUAGGUGCUUAGUGUAGGUAGGUAGUUAGUGAAGGUAGGUAGUCAGUGAAGGCAGGUGCUUAGUGAAGGUAGGUAGUCAGUGAAGGCAGGUAGUCAGUGAAGGUAGGUAGUCAGUGAAGGUAGGUAGUCAGUGAAGGUAGGUAGUCAGUGAAGGUAGGUAGUCAGUGAAGGCAGGUAGUCAGUGAAGGCAGGUAGUCAGUGAAGGUAGGUAGUCAGUGAAGGUAGGUAGUCAGUGAAGGUAGGUAGUCAGUGAAGGCAGGUAGUCAGUGAAGGCAGGUAGUCAGUGAAGGUAGGUAGUCAGUGAAGGCAGGUAGUCAGUGAAGGUAGGUAGUCAGUGAAGGUAGGUAGUCAGUGAAGGUAGGUAGUUGGUAGGAGUGGGGUCUAUCACUGUGUUAGGAACUCUCUACUUACUCUGCGAGGCUGAGCUGCCUGUCCAGCCGCAAUGCAUUAAGGGGAAUGUAGUUCAGAUCAUCAGGAGUGUGAAGUGCAUACAAGGCUGAUAUAAAGAAACCCACCCAGUCCCUUAUAAUUAAUACUAUAUACCGUAUGUAUUGUUUAUUUUACAUGUCUUCCAUCGCAUUCCAUUGAUGACUAACUUCUGUCUGGCUUGGCAUCCUGCGAAAUGUAGUCAGUGUGGACAGAGCAAAGUUUACUGAAGCUGCUAUUAUAGUCUUGCUAGUCAGUAAUAAUAAUAAUAAUUUAUUUCCUUGUCUGUGUUAGCUCGGGAUGGAGAAGGACCUGCUAAGAGCUGCGAACGCCGAGUUGGAGAAGAGUCGGCUUGUGGAGGCAGAGAUGCUUUAUGGCGAGGUGAUUGAGAAGUGUUCCCAGGACAGGUGAGAUAUUUACCGCCAUGGGUCAGGUGGCAAGGAGAGCAGGGGGCAAAUGUACCUGCGCCACUAGAAUGUGAGCUUUGGCGAGUGGGUUGUGGGCUAUAGCCAAAACAAUCUGUGCAAUGAAUUAGCAGAAAGCACAAUGGCAGCUUACAGAUAUUGUAUUUAAUGCUUAUUGACAUGAUACGUGUCAGAAAUGAAUGAUAUUCAUUACUCCGCUCCCCCAAGCAUUCUUUUAAUCUCUGUGACCUGUUUUACUUCUAACGUCUCUUUGUUUAUCUACUUUCUUUCUGUCGCCAUCUUUAGUAGCCUGGCAUUGACGUUUGCUCACUGCUUUUUACUUCCCCCUCCUGUCUCCUUUCUAGCGCAUUCCCACAAACGUCCUCUUGUCAUUGGUCAUAUGGCACCACCAUUGGACGGCAAUUACCAUAUUUGGAUGUUCAUCAGUGCACUAGGAUGGAUACUACUGGUAUCAAGAGAGGAAUUGUUGUUGUCAAUGUCAAUAGAAAUAACGCUACUGCUAGUGGCUCAUGCCCAAGAUCUAGACUCAGGGAAAUUGUACUGAGACUGCAAGUGGAGAUUGCCUUAAACUCCGUACUUUGUCAAAUUGUGUCAAAUGGAGGAAAAGUCCAUAGGACACAUUUUUCCCUACUUUGCUUUCUGUACUUUAAGAAUGGAAGAAAAUAAGAAUGGAUUGGGAGACAGGAAGAAUUGAUUAAAGGAACGCUAUAGUGUCAGGAACACACAUGUAUUCCUGACGCUAUCGUGCUAAACCCACUAUUAAGAUUCCCAUCCCCAGAGCAGUGAAAAGGUGUUUAAACUCACCCACAUUCACUAUGCUGCGCCGGUCUCGCCGUGGCUGGCCUUGCUACCAUGGCUGAGAUCAUCGAACUUAAUGAUCUCAGCCAAUUCAAUGCUUUCCCAUAAAAAAAGCAUUGGGAGGCUGUUGUGCAUGUGUGCAAAUCAGCAUCUCUCAAUAGAGAUGCAAUGAAUCAGUGCAACUCUAUGGGGAGCAUUAAUGGUCUCCAUGCAGAGCGUGAAGACGCUGAAUGCAAGUGCUGCAUACUGUGCAGCACUGACCCAGGAAGCACCUCUAGUAGCCGUCUAGGUGGCUGCAACUAGAGGGGUACUAGGCAGUAAUGUAAACACUGCAUCUUCUCUGAAAAGGCAGUGUUUCCAUGAAAAAGCCUGCAGAAAAAGGCUAUAGACACCAGAACAACUACAUUAGGCUGCAGUUGUUCUGGUGACUUCAGUGUUCUUUUAAAAAAAGGGAGCUACUUUAAAAAUUACCGGUUUUCUUAAACAGCUCUGUCACCUUGGAGAGAUAUAUAUAUAUAUAUAUAUAUAUAAUAUAAUAUAUAUAUGUAAUAUUUAUGAAAAUCACUUUCUUGGAUGUGUUAGAAUACCUUUAUUUUCAAAUUCUAUUGUAAUUAACAGAAAUACAUGAGACAAAGUAGGGACUACUUUUUCUCAUGUAAUUGCCAAUUUUUGUCAAAGAGUGUCUGUUGCCAAUUCCCAUGAACCGUUGCUUGUGAUAGCUAUUAGAAACACGCAUAAUCUUGUGCUGUGUGCAAUAGGUGGCACCUUAUUGUCCAUGUGCAAGGUUAUCUUUGGAGGUGAGCUGCAGGACUGUGAUCUAUGCAUCAAAACCACAUAAUUGAGCUAAAGUAGUUUUGGUUGUUGGACUAAAACUACAAAGGCCUACGCUGUAUACCAACACAACUUAAAUGCAUUUGAUUUGUUUUGGCUUCAUAUUCAUGCCUUAUUUUUUUCCACAAUCAAAUUAAAAAAGAAACAAAAGUUUGCCAUUGCAAAACAUAAAUACCUAAAUAAUUAUAAUAAUAUUAUAUUUCCAUUAAACGUACGCAUUGUACAUUCUCUGUUCAGGCAAUGAAAGAUCAAUGUGAGCUGAGCUGUCUACAUCAUGCAUAUGACGUCAAAACCACGUGAGGUCACAUCACAUAAUCGGCACUAAUUUUGUACUAAUGCCUGGAGUGUCCCUUUAAGAUUAAAAGUAGGGGAGUAACAUCUUUGACUGUCCACCUACAGACUGCUACUCUCAGUGCACAGCCCCACGGUGAGAGAGGCAAAUGUUAGCGUAAGACUUUAGCAAUGUUAUAUUUUUCAUAAAUAUUAAACAUGAUUCCAACUGAAGGAGUAUAACAGAGCAGAUUUUUUUUUUCUUUUUUACAAUGAAAGUUUGUAACAGUGAUGGCUAACUGUUGUGUUGCAAUGGUUUGCUGGGCAUUUUGGGAAAUGUUCACAUACAUGUCAGUGGCAAUGUUAGACAUCAUGGGAUUAUAAUUUACUCCUCGACUGUCCUCUAACAGGCAGCAGGAACAAUGCGUAAGCAGCAACAUUAUGUUUCAACAGUGCAGAGUCCAUAGUACACUUUAAAGAUUGUUUGCACUAUGAAUACAUUUACUAUGCAAAGCUGUACAUUUAAACUAAUGUUUUGACAGAACUCACUCACAAUUCAUUUUCCUGAUCAAUCAUGGCAGCAUUUACUCAUGGGUUAGCUCCUCCAAUCACAGCAGAAAGGACAGGAAAUGGAACUCUGAAGUUGGUAUAAAUAUAUCCCCCCUUCCCACCAGGCAGUCUUUUUUUCCUGUCCUUCACAGCAGUCUGGAAGAUGUCUUCUUAAUCAGGCCUAGAACCAGGCCAAUAUUCUUCUGGCCCUGCCAGGGUUCAGCCUCUAAGCCCUGAAGACCCAGCAACAGCACAUCUUUAUUGUUGUGUUUUUUUGUGGUUCUUGCAGAAUAAUCAAUGCUGACACUCACUUCAAAUGAACAGCUUUACUUCCAAGAGUCACUGCUAAACUCACAUCAUGGAGUGCUCUCCUAAGCCCUCUAUGAGUUUGCCAGCCUGGGUACCCCCUUUAGUGACCAGGUGUUGAAUCCAAUCUCUCACUCAGGAAAUGAAAGCGGUCCUCUGCACACAUGAGGCCCAGCUGGGUCUAUUCCUCUUUUCCCUGAAGACCCAGUAAUUAGCACUUCUGUAAGGUGACUACCUGGGUAUGCCUCUUCUAUGUAUUCCACCAUAACCAGGUUUUUUUUUUUUUUUUAAACCUUCCCCCACUGGUGAUGACGAAUGGCUUAUGGGGUACAGAUAGAAGCCUUCACUUUAAACAGUUUAGGCUGUCAGUUGUUCAAAUCCGCAUUUUCCGCUCAAAUUAGGGCCUGCACCUGUUCAUCUGUCAGGUGAGUGCAUUAGUAAUUUACAUUAAAAACUAGCAUAGGCAUCUGGGUUUCUUUUCUUUCGUUCUGACCAAAUGUCUCGUGGCUUUGUCAGAAUAUUAGCGCUAAAUGCUUUAGUAUGGUGAUUAAUAUUACAUUUUUAAUGGCAUUUUUUUAUUUUCAGUACUAAAUGUAGCAUUAUCAAGAUGAUUAAUUUUAUUGUGUGUGUAUAUAUAUGUAUACGUUUUGUUUUAUGUUUCACUUUCAUUCCCCUGAAGGAAUUGCAGUAUUGCCGAUCUUGCCACAGCCUUCAAUAAUAGAGGACAAAUCAAAUAUUUCCGGGUGGAUUUCUAUGAGGCAAUGGAUGACUACACAGAAGCAAUCAAAGUUAAUCCUAAUUUUGAAGUCCCGUAUUAUAACAGAGGUUUAGUUUUGUAUCGUCUUGGUAAGUGAUCCCAGAUAAAGCAAAACAGUUAUUCUGUUUAUUUCUGCAGCCUCCAUUGCUUCUAUCUCCUCAUAUAAUCCCAGACAGGCUAAAUGAUGAUGAACCAGGGCUCUGUGGAGGUCAUGCCAUCCCUUACUAGACUAUUUUGAAGUUUAAAAAUGAAACCAUAACCACUGCAGUUUGCUGUAGCAAUUUCAGUGCUAGGAGUACCCUGGCUUCAUCGCAUGGUUAGAUGUAAAACUGUUUUAAUAUGGUUUGGCAACUUACCUGGUCUGUCCUUCAGAGCACCGCGAGCUGAUGUAAGACGAUGCUCAUUGUUGACUGUGCUCCGCUUAGCCAAUGAUUGUUUUCCUGCAAUGCGAAGCAUCACAUUUCAUCCUGUAACCAUGCUUUAUAAAUAUUGUGCACUGUCUGACUUGCUGUGUACAUUCAGGGAACACAGCAGCUCUAACUGGAGGGAGGAUAAUUAACCUGCUGCAGAUAUCCAGAUAUUGUUAACUAAAGAGCUAUGGUCAUUGUACAGCGCUACGGAAUCUGAUGGCGCUAUAUAAAUAAUAAUUGCAGCUUUGCUGUGUAGCUUACAUUAAAUAAUAUAUGCUUCAAUAAAAUAUUUAGCAUUUUUGUUAGGCUUGACUUUCCAAAUGAUUUGAUACUGUUUGUUUGCAGGUUUUUUUGAUGAAGCGAUCAAGGAUUUCCAAAAAGUUUUGCAUUUAAAUCCUCAGUUUGAAGACGCAAAGAUAAGUUUAAAACAGAGUCUUCAGGACAAAGAGGAGAAGAGGAGACGCAUUGCUUGCAAUUAACAACAAUAUUGGUUGAUACAAUACGCUAAUUCAAAUAGACAUGCUGAAAUUAAAUCUGGUUAGAAGAUGUGAUUGAUUUGUUGGACACUUACCAAUCUCUGAAACCGUACUACCUAGCAGAUCCGAGUCAGAUUUCUUAUCUUGUUGAUAUGUGCCAAGAUGCAAUAUUGGCAACUGAAAUGACAAUGACGUGACUUGCAGCCAUGCAGAUUGUGGUUGUAGGACACAGUGAUGACUAAACUCGGUGCCUCGGGUGAUUUCCCGUAAUCUUGUGGACUAAUUUUCUAAUUGUAAAUUCUUUUGGAGGCUCUGUACGAUUGUAGAAAUCAGUCUAUCACACCAUAUAAUCUGCAACAUUGCCUCCAUAGACUAUGAAAAAAAAAAUUAAGAAAACAAUAAAAACUACCAGGUAAAAUAAUGCCAUUUAUGGUAAAUACGUUUUUAAAAUAGAGACUACAGAUAAGCUAAAAUGCUAUGUACAUAAGAUCCAUAGUCUCUUUUAAUGCAAUAUUUAACUGUAUAUUUCUGUAGGAUGUGGAAAGCCGUUUCUCUGGACACUUUGCUUUCAGCCUUAUUUCAUUCUCCUUUGUUUCUCUCGGUUACUGACCAGGAACAUGCAACUUUAAGACCUCCAGAUAUUCUGAAUCACCACUCUGAUAUUCUGUCUGCUAGGAUGGCACAGAAGUGUCUUUAUUUUUGCAUCAGUAGUUUAAACAUGGAUUUCUUUAAAGGGUCAGUUUAAGCACCAUUAACACUACAGCCUAUUGUAGUCCUAUAUAGUGGUUAUAGGACUAGUGGGCUACUAGCACCACCAUUGCCUUUCCUUGUUAGCAAUAUCAAUUUCAGGUAUAUCUGGAUGGCAAUGAUUGACUGAGAGAAUCAUAUGACAGACUCAGACUAUCAAUCCACUAGUAAUACACAAAUGAGGAGCUGGUUUCUCAACCUGUGGAAUGAAGGAACAAAUGUAGCUCCACUCAAAUUAGUCCCAGACUGGCCCCGGCAUCAUUCAAGCUGCGUGCAGAGGCUUAUGUCUAAUUAGGUGUUAGGCAUUCUCCAGCAGCCACCAGAUUUUCUUACCUCUGCGGUGACAGGUGCGUGCAUUGCCCCAUUCCAAGCUCUCCCUGGCGGUAUCUGGUGCAAUGAUGUACUCUUCUAAAGCCGCCCAUGUGUUGGGUCCUGGAAGGUUGAGAAGGAUGAGGUUUUGGGGGAGCCCAGCCUCACAUUGACGUUGGCUGGUUUUAAAUGAAGCAGAAGGGCUCAGCUUCCUGUCUGUCAGACAAUAUUUCCAUAUACCGGGACAAACUGAGUUCAUGGUGUCUAAAAUACAGUAAGUAAUCACCAAACCAAACAAUUUAGUAAAUCAGCAAACAUUGGGAAAAUCUACAACAAAUUAAGUAAAUUACAUUUAUUUACACUAGAUUGUACUUGAGUCCCUACACUAUUCCAAAUUGUAACAGAUGGUUUACUGCAGGUGAAAUCCACAGCACCACACUGGUGCUUGGUGACAUUUCCCUAAUGGAGGGAUAAUAGGGUAGCUUGAGCAGUGCAAAUACAAUGUAGGUCUUAUACAAGGUAUCCAGUAACUGUGCAGGAAUACCAGGUACCCAAGAAAUUGAGGAUUUGUUUUAUUUUUAUAAUAGAUAAUCAAAAAUGAGGUUCUGUUUUCUGAUUUAGUCUUCUAUAUUAGGCCCCAAAGCUAUGUGUGUGUAUUUUUCGGUGUCCUCUGUGUGUAACUAUUAUGUGUGUAUUAUAUUUUCUGCAGGUUUUUUUUUUUUUAAAUGUGUAAAUCAGUUUAUUUAACCUCCCUGCCUCUACCUGUGGCCAGAGAUGGGGGACACACGUUUCCCUGUUGGUCCAGUGCUACACCAGCUGAUACAGUGAAGAGGUCCUCAUCUUCCACCUCCAGCAUUAUGUCCUCUCCUCUCACAAAUCCAGCAUGCUUUGCGUGCAAUGUGGAGCGUUGAUAUGGCAACCUGCGGCAAUGCUCUGACUGCCGCGGCUCGCAAGUGGGCACAGGAGGGGGAGUUUGGUGUCUCCUGGGCACUUCUUCAUUAUACUACAGCGUAAGGAUCACAAAUAUGUGUGUGUGUGUAUAUAACCAAGGGGCUGCUGGGGCCAAUUCAUACAAAACAUAUAAUCCAGCGCACUCACUUAUCCACCAAACGGUUUUUAAAAAAACCAAAACCCUAAUCUAGGCAAAAGUAAUAUGAAUUUAGUUACAUUAUAUGGUCAUACAUUGCAUAAGCCUGCUACAACGUCAAUGUACCACAUCUCUUUUAGGACUCCCAAAUUUUGCAAAGUCCCUAGAUGAUAACACAGUUUACAGUUUACUCCUGCACUGCUGGAGUAAAUGAAUACUUAACAUAUUUCUCUGAUAGAUGCCUAAACAGCCAUCACAUCCAUGCGAUCACGGUAACACAGUAUUUAACUUUCAGAUUACUCUGAUUUCCAAGUACAUGUUACUAUUGCCCACUGUAAUGGUACUCAUUUUAUCUACCUCAGAGGGAAGAAGGGAGUCAACCCUGCCAGGAAUUGAACCUGCAACCCCCAAGGGUUGAACAUAUUCUACUGAUGAUGCAUUAACCCUCUGAGCUAAAUUAUUUAAUGCUGACAGAUUAUGCUUGGGUGCAAAUGUGCCUUCUGCACUGCUGGAGUAAAUGAAUGCUUAUCAUAUUUCUCUGAUAGAUGCCUAAACAGCCGUCACAUCCAUGCGAUCACGGUUUUGCUUUCCACUUCACUUCCAUGUAGUUUGUGAAAGUAUAAGUUUUUUAUUAUAAAGAUGUAAGCAUCUUUGUCAAGCACUUAGUGGAUUUAAUGUUUACACAGCACUCUAUCAGUGUUUGUAAUGUGCAUAUUUAAAGGGACACUAUAGUCAGAGCAGUUACAGCUUAUUGUAGUUCUUCUGGUGAGUAUAGUCAGUCAUUGCAGACUUUCAGGGAAAAUGCAGUGUUUACAUUAAGGCCUAGGGACACCUUCAGUGGCCACACUUCAGAUGGAUACUAGAGGGGCUUCCUAUGAGACCCUGGACUUUCCUCAUAGAGAUAGAAACAUAGAAUGUGACGGCAGAUAAGAACCAUUUGGCCCAUCUAGUCUGCCCAUUGAUUCAUUGCAUUCAUUCUUAGAGAUGCAUUGAUUUCCUCAUAGAGAUGCUGAUUGGCCAGUCCAGCAUUUGCCCUGCUGCCCCAAACCUGCCUCCUUGGCGAUCUCAGCCAAUCCAGUGCUUUCCCUAUGGGAAAGCAUUGGAUUGGCUGAGAGUAUCAAUUCUGAUGUUGUCAGCCAAAGUUUUAGGGGAGGCAAGCCACCUAAAUGGUGAUUUUAAACUAUAUGGUCAGGAAUACGAUUAUGUUCCUGACCCUAUAGUGUUCCUUUAACUUGUUAGUAUGCAGAGAAAUGUAUCUGAUCAUUCUUCACAUUGCACACAGAACUGUAUGUUAGAAUACUAAAUUAAAUACUUAGUUUGUAGGUCACUGGAGUAUAAUUUACAAGUGCACAAUGAUUUGUAAUAUACACAUUUGCUUGAGAGUUAGUUAGCCCAAAGUAUGAAUUAAAAUGUAAGACUUACGUAAAACAGACCUGGAUAUCUAUAGGUGAAAACUCCACUCUGCAGCAAGCAGUAAUAUACUGUUUCAGUAGCUAUUAUACAAUUCUAAAGUUAUGUCAUUACAUUUCAGAAAUGUGUAAUGCUUUCUUAAAAUGUCAAAUAGUCAACACAAUAAAUGUGUACAGAGCCCUUCUAGGGAAGGGUCUACCACUGUCACAAUUGAGAGGAGCAUUCAGUUAGUGAUAGAUUUGCACUUAGAAUCUUUUUGAUUCACAUUUCGAAUCCCAGGAUUGAGCUCCAUACUAACUGUAGAGUAUCCAUAUUGUGUUGUAAUUCUAUAAAUAAUUGUAUCUAUUGCCUUUUGAGUUUGGCACCCUACACUAAAUUUAGUAGAAUAUGACGUUUGCAGCAUUAAACUAUUUGCUCAUGCCUCAUAUUUUAAUUUUAUCUUUUCUGUUGACAUCUCCUGCUUGCCAUUGUCUCCUGGCCCAUCGACCUUGGCCAGAACAAUAUGAACAUUUCGGGGUGAACAGUGUAAGCUUUGGAUUUAGGAAGAAUUUGGUGUGUCCCUCAACAUAAUCUUAUAUGUCUCAAUCAGAUAAUACCAGGGUUUGAUCUAUGUUGUUUUUGUACAAUUUUAGCAAUGUUGUACAUCCCUUUGGCACUGCAAAGUGUUGUAUCACGGCGUUCUUCAGAAAUUCCGUGGGAAAACAAUUUCCUGAGCCUAUUUUUUUUUUCUGCUUUUUAUUUGUCUGCAUAUUUGCUUUUAUUUGUACUGUCAAAAUACAUGCAUCACAAUAACCAAGGUUGUGUUGUGAAAUUGAUGAACACUAGCUACUCGUACUUUGCUCAAGUUGUAUAGAGCGAAGUGGUACAGGAGGUCUUCUAUAACCUAUCUCAAAAAAAACACUCAGAACGUUUUGCCACUUCUAUCCAGUGCUGUCGCAGUUAUCUUGUUUUGUGAGAGUUCUUCUUUAUUGCCAGCCAAUAACAAUGCGCCAUUGAGCAAGCUUUGCUGCCAUUUUACUUGCCAAGUGAUGUAAUCAGUGAUGUGCCAAUUGCAUGUAUGUGAUGUUAUUGGGAAAGCCUUACAAUAGUGAUGCUUGCUUGGUGGUUCAUUGUGAUUGGCUGGUGAUAGAGCCAAUUAGUCACAAGCACAAGAAAGCAGCCAGCACGGACAUUGGCAGAAAUGUCAUCUCCAGCACCUGUUCUUCACCCCACUACCUUCUUAUUACAGCUUAGCUUCCCACUGACGUGUCCAAGUACUUGGAUUUUGUAGGCAUGCUCUCAGAAUUUUAUUUAUUCUACUUCACCUGCAGGGGUGGGUGAAUAAAGCGGUUGGGGAAUUUGAGAAAUGUAUGUUGAAUUCCUGAUGCUUCUCACUUUAGUGAAUAAUUCUGACUGUGCUAUAAAAAUGUACUUCCCCCCCCAAUUAGGAUGUGAGUCACUUCUACAGGAGGUGUGGCUAUGGCUACAAAAACAGAAGUGUUUUAACUCCUAAAUGGCAGAGCAGAGAGACUGCAGGGGGCAUCAUCUAUACACCGAACCUGAUUAAAGAAGCUCUGCCACUUCUCAGUAUUUCAUUGAAAUACAAUCCCAAAAUUCCGCAAGACAAUAUUUGUCCAAAACCAGCAGCUGCAUUGCUCAUCAGGCAUAGUUUUGCUCACUGCGAGACGUGAUCUAUGUUGGGUCUCCGGUCUUGCAGGAUCCUCCAUAGACCUUGAUGUUUUACGGUCACGCAUACGUGAGAGCAGAGCACUGACAUGGCUCCUGGCAGAUUAAGCUCCAGGAGCUGAAGAAGUUCCCAGGAUGGAGAUAGCAAAAGAGAGGGACAGCUUCAGGUAAAAUCACACUAGAGGUACAUGUAGGUGUCAUAGGGCUUUGAUAUUGCUACAAAAUACAGCGACUGCAUAUUUUGAUCUCCAGUAAAUCCAGCUCAACUACUCCUGUGACACUGAGCCUAAAACUUCAGUUACAGAAUAUCUCUUAGUUUGCCAGAUCCUCUGACUCAUAUCCAAAUUAUCUAUGCACCACAACUACACCUGCCAACAUCUGAAAGGGUGUAUAUGAUUACCCCUUAGCAUCCUGGCACAACCUACCUUCCUGAGUGAGAUAUUCUGGAAGCCAUACCUGCAUUAACCAUCAAUAGCCUAGGACGGCCUUGUCAAAACGUGGCAAGAUAUGUAUUAAUUGUUACCAGAAAAACAUAAGGACAUGUUUUGCGCAGAAUUCCUGAAAAGAUUACGUGGACAACAGUUUAGCCACAAUACAAUUAGUGGUAUUCAAUGAUUAAUGGCCUUGCCUGGCGUCUUUUAAACGUUGAUCAUGACAAAUACAUCAAACUUCGUAACGGAAAGGAAACCUUUAAAAAAAAAAAAAAUACAUAAAAAAAAUGUGC